AUGAGCCGCACGGAAGGGUUCACCGUCGCUAUCGUGGGAGGUGGCAUCGGCGGCCUCACUCUGGCCAUUGGCCUUCUGCAGCGCGGCGUCUCAGUGCAGAUCUAUGAAGCAGCAUCGGCGUUUGGCGAGAUUGGGCUGGGCUUGUCGAUUGGCCCAGCUGCCCAUCGCGCCAUGCCGCUCAUUCAUCCCCAGGUCCGCGAUAUCUACGACUCGCUCAUCACCACCCACGCAGACAGCCCAGGCUAUGAGCAAUUCCGCCAGACCUGGUUCGAGGUCAUCUGGGCCACGGGGGAAAAUGCUGGCCAGCAGCUCAUGACUUUGAAUGCCUUGCCCUCCGGCCAGACCACGGUGCGCCGCUCCGACUUCCUCAGCGGACUGAUCAAUCUGAUUCCACCCGGCGUGGCCCAUUUCGGAAAGCGCCUCUCCAAGCUGGAGGAGAACUCGGCCGGCGUCAGUCUGACAUUUGAAGACGGCACAUCCGUCCUGGCCGAUGUGGUCGUCGGCUGUGAUGGCAUCCGCUCCAAAGUCAAGGAGUCUCUGUUUCCCGACGACCCCGAGCGAGUGAAGCCACGGUACAGCGGCAUGUACGGCUACCGCGCCGUUCUCGACAUGGAAACCAUGGUGGAAGCCGUGGGCGAACAGCGUGCGAGGGUCUCGACAUGGUAUAUCGGUAACGGCGCCUAUGCAAUUACCUAUCCCAUCAUGCGCGCGAAGAAGGUCAACGUCGGCCUGUACACGCUGAAUGAUGCUUGGAACGUCGACGACGCAUGGGUUCGCCCGGCCAGCAAGGAGGAUAUGCAUAAGGACUUUGGGCAUAUGGGGGAAUACGUCAACUCGAUUAUGAAGUACAUGUCCGACGCCUCCCAAUGGGCCAUCUUCGAGCAUCCUCCCAUCCCGACGUUCGCAAAAUCGAAAGUCGCGAUCCUCGGCGAUGCUGCGCAUGCCUCCACUCCGCAUCAGGGAGCUGGUGCCGGCCAAGCCAUUGAGGACGCUCAUGUCCUGGCCGAGUUACUGGCAGAUCCGCACGUAACGUCGCCGGAUCAUGUUGUUGCCGCUUUCAAGGCAUAUGAUGCUGUGCGGCGGGAACGCAGCCAGAGGGUCGUGACAAGCAGUAAGGAGAAUGCAGAUCUGCUAUGUCUGUGUUAUGAAGGUGUCGGCGACGACGGACAGAAGUUGAAGGACACAUGGCAGGAGAGGUUCCGCUGGCUGUGGGAUGUCGACAUUGAAGAGCAGGCCGAGAAGGCCAGGAGGAUCAUGCUUGAUCUGAUGCAGAAUUAA